CUCCAUAAAAACCCACAAACUGCUCCUCCAUUCACUCAGCAGCAGCCUCUUCUGCCAAAGCAGGCGAUUCUGGUGAGGUGAAUCGCCGAAGAUGGAGCUGAAUCAAAUCGGUCGCCCAAGUCGAAGAUACCCUGCAGCAGAUGAUUGGUCGAGCUGUUCGCUUGUUCUGUUCAUCUCUGUUCUCGCGCUGAUGUUCUCUCCUGCAGUGGCUUAUGAUCCAUUGGACCCGACCGGAAACAUUACCAUCAAAUGGGAUGUGAUCUCAUGGACGGCAGAUGGAUAUGUGGCCGUGGUGACGAUGAACAAUUUCCAAAUGUACCGGCACAUAAUGAGCCCAGGGUGGACGCUGGGUUGGACGUGGGCAAAGAAGGAGGUGAUAUGGUCCAUGGUGGGUGCUCAGGCCACGGAGCAGGGUGACUGCUCCAAGUUCAAGGCCAACCUUCCUCACUGCUGCAAGAAGACUCCGGCCAUCGUCGACUUGCUUCCCGGGGUCCCUUACAACCAGCAGAUAGCUAACUGCUGCAAGGGAGGCGUCGUCGGGGCCUAUGGCCAGGAUCCCGCAGCUGCAGUCUCAGCUUUCCAGGUGAGUGUUGGCCAAUCCGGCACAUCCAACAAGACGGUGAAGCUUCCCCAGAACUUCACCUUGCUGGGACCUGGACUCGGCUACACCUGCGGGCCAGCCAAGGUUGUGCCGUCCACCAUAUUUCUCACGCCGGACAAGCGGCGGAAGACGCAGGCGCUCAUGACCUGGAAUGUUACGUGCACCUACUCACAGUUUCUUUCCUCCAAGCACCCAACCUGCUGCGUCUCCUUCUCCUCCUUCUACAACGACACCAUAAUCCCUUGCCGCUCCUGCGCCUGCGGCUGCGAGAACAAGAACUGCAUCAAAAGGGACUCCAAUCUGCUAAGCACGCCGGGGAUCAACACGCCCAAGAAGGACAACGCGCCGUUGCUGCAGUGCACCCAACACAUGUGCCCCAUCCGCGUGCACUGGCACGUCAAGCUCAACUACAAGGACUACUGGCGCGCCAAGAUCGCCAUCACCAACUUCAACUACCGCAUGAACUACACCCUGUGGACGCUGGUCAUCCAACACCCCAACCUCGACAACGUCACGGAGGUCUUCAGCUUCGACUACAAGCCACUCGUUCCAUAUGGAUUCAUCAAUGACACCGGCAUGUUCUACGGAAUGAAGUACUACAACGAUCUGCUCAUGGAGGCCGGGGCGUACGGCAACGUGCAGUCGGAGUUGCUCCUCCGGAAGGACGCGAGAACGUUCACGUUCAAGAAAGGGUGGGCGUUUCCUCGGAAGGUGUACUUCAAUGGCGACGAGUGCAUGAUGCCACCACCAGAUGCUUACCCCCACCUGCCGAACUCUUCCCCUGUCGGUGCUCCGCCGCUCAUUCUGCACAACCUCGCGGUGUCGGUGCUUGCGCUUAUACUGAUGGUGAUGUGAAAGGCAUGAGGUGAUGAUUAUUGAUCCGAAAGGAAUUUUGGGCAGUGUGCAUACAUGCUCGAUCUUGUGGUGGUGGGAUUGCUCUGGUUUUGGUUGCUUCGAGGAAUUCAGCAAGGUCAUGUCGAGUUUACAUUGAAUUCAGCCCAGAAAUAUAAUAGUUUUGUCUGUUUGAAACAAAUUCGAUGCAGAAACCAAAAAUACACUUCGGUC